CCAUACUAUUCCUCGCAUGGAAUAUAUAUCUACCGACCCUGAAGCCCAUCUCACCCUCUGACUGAAUUCAUUUCUGAAUCCGAGGCACCCGCAAACAUGGACUAUGACGACUCGGUGAUGCUCCCGAGCCAGGAUGACGAUUCCUUCCUCUUAUCGACCCGACCCAUCUCUUCACCUCUCAGGCAAACACAGAUCCCGGAACGGAAACCCAUAGAGAGGGAAAUUAGGAGAGCAACUGGCGGCAGAAAGUUGGAGGAUGGGCGUCGAAGGACGGAGGAGAUCGUAGCCAGGCUUCGCGAGGAACGCAAGAAACGGGAAAGUCGCGAUCGAACGGUUUCGUCGACGACAAGCGGGCAAGGUAUGCAGCCUCUGUCCACUCGGACGGUCUCGAAAGAAGAUCGUGGUGAUGACCAAGAGAAAGGAGAAUGGGAGGACAUUCAGGAUCCGGGGAAAGAGAACGACUAUACGAGGCAAAGAGCUCGUUCGACCCAAAGCUCGCCUUCUUCUAGAGAAGAACAUGUUGCCAAGCUCAAAGCUCGGUUGGCCGAAUCCCGGAUGAGGCGAGAGAAUAGCUUCGUCAAGAAGGACAAGGGGGACGAAGAUCAGAGUGGAUCUCGAACAGAGUUAGAUCAAGCAUCGACGUUCCGUAACAGCGCUCUCGCAAGGAUCAUGUCCCGGGGAGAUCGACCCGCACGACCCAGAGUCGACAGGGACGCAUCCCAGCCGAGAUCUUCCGCUUCCAAGGUAUCGACGAGCACACAUCACAGUGAAGAGACAGCUACUAGCUCGGCUGUACCUCUCCAUCAAGAAGACGGGAAGAGCAAGGGAGAGCGGCUGGUAGAAAAGCUGCUUCGGUCGAUUCCAACGAGCUCAGUGAACAGGACGGAGCGUGCCGAUGAACCAGAAUCUAUGACAGCAACACACCCGGGCGAGACAACAUCUAUGGUAUCUACGGCUCCUAUAGCCUCACAGCCGACAAGAACAUCUCCUACCACAGUCCUGGAGCGAAUCGACGAGCAGACGCAGGAAGGCCAAGAGUCGUUGUCAUUCACAUCGCCACCUCUGACGACUGGAAAGGACGAAGUCGGGGUCGCGGCGGAGGAAGUCGGCGGGAAUACCUCGAUCAACACGUCGUCUUCUGCAUCUACUUCCGUGCAGGAGAACAGAUUACCCCAAACACCACUGCGCAGCAGCGAAUCUCAGGCCACGUCGACUCCUUCCGGCCCUGUUCAACCUGCCUCUCUCACCGCCUCCAGCUCAAGACCCAGCCCUGAACAAAUUCUCGAGACGGACAAGCAAGAAGGACAGCUGCACGAUAUGGAUUCCGCUGUUAUCGGCCGGGAGGAAGCGACAGCAGAAGCCAUCGAUGGUUUGACGCCGACCGCUGCGCCUAAGGUUGUUCCGGAAGAGCAGCAAUGGGAGGAUGUCGAGACGGUGCAUGUCGGUGCCGCUUCUGUGGUUCCGGUAAUGAUGAAAGAGCAAGCGAUGAUGCCGAGCAGCUCGAUAGACCCUCGAAUAGCAGCAUUACUCAUGCCAAUUCAACCGCAAGCUGGUCCUUCCACCAUCACCCGAGUAUCUACGACAGCACCAGCCGUUGCGCAGUCUAGACGCCUAAAAACGACCUGUCCGCGCACACCGGUAUUUGCCAGAGCCAAACGGCCGGUAACAAGGGAGUCGCCAAUCAAGCGGGUAAUGCAGGCUCGGCCGGUUGAUCGUCUUGUUGAUGCUGCAUCGCGAUCGUCCGUUCCGACCAAACCUGUUCGUCUGCCGGCUAUGAAUCCCCGCGCCGCUUUCGAUCACUUGGCAACAAGAGGACCCGACCGGUCGAGUAUGAGCAAGAUCGCACCGCCGGUUGUCGAAGGCAUCCCCCGCAAACCUUCUUCAAUCGUUAAGAUCCCCGAUUUUGAGAAGGCUCACAAGGCUGCCGCGGUCAAAGUCAAGCGAGCACCGCCCCGAUUGACUAGACCUGAUAGCGGCAAGACACCUGGUCGUACCAGUAGAGCCAGGAUGAUGGAACGUGCUGAAUUCGACAAGGCGAACCAGGACUAUCAGAAACGACGGGAAGAUGCCUUGAAGCGCUACAAACAGGAAAAGGAGGAUGCCGCUUGGGCGGCGGAACUUCAAGCUCGUAAAGCGAUCGCUUUCAAGGCAAAUCCUGUGCCCGACUUUAUCAAAGCCUCACGAAGUACGAGCCAGGCUCCUAGUUUAUAGUUGGAUCAUUCACAGU